UGGUUUAGGCCAGAGCCUGAGCAGAUUGCUGGUAUGCAACGUUCGAUGUCGCCAUGGCGAUGCAAGGCGUCGCCAGCCAUCCCAUCGACCAAAGGUUUACAGUGACCGGAUUGACUAAUGGCAGAUCUGUCGGUCGCAGAUGGCAGUCAAAGUCAAAAGGUGGCAAUUCCCUCGGCAUCGCAGCGGCAGCCUUCUUUUUGACUUCCCUCUGCCCCGCGAGACACCGCGCGAGACACCGCGCGAGACACCGCGCGAGACACCGCGCGAGACACCGCGCGAGACACCGCACGAGACACCGCGGUCCCCGGUGCCGCCGUUGCGCCGUGCAGUUUCUGGUGGGCCCUGAGGCAGAGACCGAAGGUCCAUCGGAUGUGAAGCUGGGGAAGUUGCUCAGCUGGGCACGGCAGCAGGAUUUCAUGAAGCUACACCCCUGCUUGAGCUUUGGAAAACCUGGUGGACUGCAGCUGUCUGUUCCAGUCUCUGCUGGCACGCCCAUCCUGGGCGUUUUGGACGACACAUUUCUGACGAGCUCCGACCUGCCGGAGCAAUGGAAGGAGGUGUGGGAUGGAGCCCGGGAACGAUAUCCAGAGUGGUGGGCGUUGCAUCUGGGCAUCACCUUACUGAAAGAGCGCCGUGAUCCAUCUUCAGAUGCUUGGGAAGCGUACCAGAAUAGUGUAGCACCGCAGCCAGCAGCUCCGUUGCUGUGGAGUGCCGCCCAAGCCCAAGAGCUGCAGUACGUUCCCAUGAAGAAGCAGCUGCGAAGUCGGAUUGAGGCCAUCCAAGAGUUCUACCAGGAGAUCCUAGUGCCAGUGUUGGGUGAAGCGCCUAGGCUUCCUUCGGUCUUUGAGCUGGCGCAGGCCGUGGCCACGGCCAGGCGAGCUAUUGAGGUUUCACCGGGCCAAAGGGCCUUGCUGCCGUUGCUAGACAUGGUGGGGUCACCGGAGGCCACGGUACCUGCUGGAAAGCCAACGCCGGAGGCUAACUGUGAGUUACAAGUGGAACCUGAGGGAGGCCCCGGCGGUCGGGCCAUCGCUAUCCUCGUGGCAAAACACGAUGUGCAGCCGGGCGAGACGCUCAGCCGGGCGAUCCUCGGGCUGGCGCCGGAUGAAGUGCUGCUGGAGCAUGGCUGGUGCAGCACCAGGCCUGAUGAUGUGACCAUCCAUGUGGGUCUGAAGAAGGCUGUGGUGGAGUCGUGGCAACUUGCCACUCUACGAGAGGUCAUGGACUUGGAGGCGGGCGACUCGCCUGGUGACUGGAUGGCCUCGGCCAAGGUUCGCAGGAGUUCCGUGCUAACGCAGGCGGUGGAUGCCAAACUGAUUGCAGCUGCAAGAGUUUUGAGUGCCAAGUCUCGCGAGGAGGUCUUGGGUGCCGAGUGGAACUUGAUGACCAAAGACGAGAUUCUCAAUGCUGGUUUUGAAGGCCUAUCGUCGACCCGACGUCGUAGGCUCCUCUUCGUGUUGAAACGAGCCGUUGAGGGUGCGUUGGCAGCCUAUGAUACGACCAUCAUCAGGGACCAGGAGAUUCUGGAGUACCUGCAGGGUCGCGAGCGGGUGGCUGUGGCCUACAGGCUUGGGAAGAAGAUGAUCCUACAAGACGUCCAAGCGCAAUUAGUGUCCUGGCCAAGCGGCCGUUUGGUGGGGGUCACCCCAGGGUCGCGAAUGCGAGCCGAGGAGAGAGCAGAUGAGAAGAUACGUCAGAAACAGGCAAAGCGGGAGAAGGCUGGAAGAGCCCAACGCCCGGAAAAGGCUUUGGCUGAGAGAACUCGCAGCUCCAAGAAAUCGUCGAUCGAUGACACGAUGAAUCUGGAGCCCAGGGCAUCCCCGCGACCCGAAGGUGAGGCCAUGGUCCUCUUCGUCCUGAGCGACCCCAACUUGCCAUUUGGUCAACUGCGAAUGCGCAAUGCCUUCGACAAGACCAAUCCAUGGCUGCGUUCUGCAUAUGCAGCACUAGGACCUCAGAACCGUGUCACUUGUCUCUACAUCGGUGCGGGUGCAGCUGCACGGUCUGAGGAGCUGCUUGCCGCGGAGGCUGCAGCACUUCCUACUGUGCUGUGCAAUGCCGCGACUGCCAUUGAGGUUUGGCUCAGUGAAUCGGACCUGGGACUGGUGAUGCGAUUUGUCAACAGACCUGAGGUCUAUGAGAUGCCACCGGGCUGGCCAUACACUCACCAGGUGUUGGAGGACCCUGCUGCGGGUGCUGCGCAGCUGGAGGCCGACGAAGUAGAGGCGGCUGAAGGCGCGCCAUUGCUUCCACAGUCUUUGAUUGGACCCAGCCCGGGUGAACAGUAUGCACUGUUCGACCUCAACCGAGACAAUCCCACAGACAUCCCGGAUGUGGCGCUUGAUCUCAUGUCUCCCAGCUGUGCUCUGGCGGCGCUACAAGAACGGCCCCAUGGUGAUGCGAUUUUGCUGGCCGGUCGAAGGUAUCCUUCUCUUGCAAAGCUACAGAGCACAGUGGCGGAUAUUGUCAUUGAGCAGGAGCCGGGGCAGCACCUCAGAUUCGAGGACGACGAAGACGCCAUGAAGACCUUGUUGAGCUUCCAUCCAGAGGGAGACAGGUUACUAGAGGACCUGGUGGCCAUCAAAGUGGACUCUUCCCCCGUGGACGAUGAUACGAGGUGUUUGUGGGUCAUCAAGUACGAUGGCUACGAGGAAGAUGUGAGCCUCAGGGCUUGCCUCGAAGGCUUGGAAAACGUGUUGAAUCUCGAAGACACCCAGACCAAGCAAGAAGGAUCCAUGGGUCGAAUGGAGGAGAGGCUCAGAAAGGAGAUGGCCACCACCACGAAGCCCUUUGAUGUGUGGUUCUCACUGAGGUGUCUUGGGCUCAUGACCUUUUUCGGCUGCAUGUCCGCCAUCUUCUACCCGGUCCUGUGGAUCGGUGUCAUCGUGCUGAGUCUGGUGCCGCAGAUCGGUCAGUUGUAUGCCCCACCCCUGGUGAUCCUAACGGCCUUCGGCACGGUCUAUGGAUUGCUGAUGAUUGCCAUCUACUACCUCAACACCCGAGUAGGCAUCUCGCUUCUCCACAUGGCCUGUAGCGUUUCCCUGGCGUGCCUUGGGCUCUUUGGCGCAACGAUGGCUGAGAAGAUGUUGGCCGAAAAUAGACAGGCCGAGAAGAACGGCAAGGUGAUGCUUCGCAUAGUGGCGCAGGGGAGGUAUACCGUGACUCCCAUCUUGGCCCUGGGUAGCCUGUUACCGUUGACCAGUUGGAUCUCGGCACUCUGCGUGGCUUCGGUCUGCGUCUUCGCUGUGAAGAGCGUCAGAUGGCUGCUACUCUUUCACUGCUGGGGAGGACAUUUCGAUUCCAAGUCGGGGAAGCCCAUGAAGGUCCUUCUCACGGGCGAUUCGUUUCCACCGAAACUCGAUGGAGUGCAGAACUUCGCGCGGAAUACGAUCCAAGCCUUAGUGAGAGAUGGGCACAAGGUGCAUGUGUUUUGCAGCAAUGGCAGCCCAGAGACACCCUUCGCGCCGGAGAACUAUGGAGCCACCGUGACAAGGGGACCUGGAGUGGAGAUUCAACCAAAACAUAAGAUCACCCUUCCCUCUCCUCACUUUUUAGCAGCCUUGAUGCACUUCAAACCACACAUCAUCCAGUUCUUCGACUUCACGCCCAUGGCCUUCUUCAUGGUCGCCUUUUUGUGGUGGCUGGGAUUGCCUGUGGUCAUCUCACACCACAGCAGAAUAGAUCUCUAUGCCACCUAUGUCCCCGGCUUCAUCGGGGAUUACUCCCCUCAGGUCAUGAGGGCUGCCUGCGAAGUGGUUUUCCCAUUGGUCACCGGGCAUCUGUUGAUCGAUGGCAACCAACGGGACCAGAGUUGGUUUGCAGGGCAUUCCAACAUCCGUUUCUGGUCGACCGGUUGCGACCUGGACUUUUUCCAUCCUUCCAAGAAGGAUUCCAAGGUGCGGGAGAUCUACAGCAACGGCAGACCGGACCUGCCCUUGGUGGUCUUCGUCGGCCGCAUGUCGCCCGAAAAGCAGGUGGAUAAGAUCGCGGAUCUGGUGAAGGAAGCGAACCCGCCAGGUGAACCUGAGCUUUGUCGAUUUGCCAUCAUCGGCCAUGGCGAUUCUUGGAAGUCGAUUCACGAAGAGAUUGGACAUCGACCUGACGUGAACAUGCCCGGAGUCGUCACCGGAGAAAAGCUGGCAGCUUUGGUUGCCUCGUCGGACAUCUUCUUUUCGCCAACGGUCACAGGCACUCUGGAUCUCGUCUUCAUUGAAUCGCAAGCCGCGGGUAUUGCAGUGGUAGGCCCAAGGGCUGUGGCAGUUCCCCUGGUGGUCGAGGAGGGUGUGAACGGCUGCCUGUACACACCCUUGGACAUGAAGGAUGCCAAGAGGGCCAUCAAGGAUGUGAUCCCCCAGCUGGACAAGAUGAAGGUGGAAGCUCGCAAAAACGCUGAGGCAAACUUCAAGUGGUCCAAGUCAUCCGAUGAAGCAAUACAAUUCUACAAAGAUGUUUUACAGUACACCGCCAAUGUUGCCACCUGA